CUUUGGCCUCUGGGCCAGCUGCGUAGUUUUGCCCCUCUUUUCCCAUUUUCCUACGGGAAUCCCGUGCUGCUUGUUUUAGAAUUUACAUCUGGCGCGGUUGUUCCUAACUUAAACUAGAUUGUUUUUCAACUCAUCUAUCUGUGGAUUGGCGUCUUUCACCUUCAAGUGUUGUUAAGAAAGAAUCUAAUUAUUUGGGGGAAAGAUUUCUUCUGUUUGAGCAAACCUAAUUAGGAGGAAGCCUAAGAAGCAGUGGAAGUCAGUGGCUGUGCCGGGAUGAAAAUUGUUACAUUUUAAGCGUGACUUCCUUCUCAAGCCAAGUGAAAUGAGCCAGGAGGCAAAUGAGGACAUAGAAAGCUAUGCCCAAUUCAUUUUAAAGCCUCAGAAACCCAUUCAGCCUUAUAGCUGCUCAACCCUGAACGAUUUUCAAGAAGAGAGAGACUUUUUGGCGAACCACGUCUUCCCUCAGCUUAAUGAACUCUGCAAUUCCCGGGGCACAUAUUUCAAAGCUGUGGACUUGAGGGGAUCAGCGGGGAAGGCCCUGGAAGCCUCAUCCUCCCACCUGCUUAGACAGCAAUCCUGCCUCCACUCCCAACAGCUGAAGCUCUGUCUCGACUAUGUGAAUAGCUGCUUUCCCUUUUUCAUCUGCCUGCUGGGUCACAGGUACGGAGACUUUCUCCCUGACUACUCACCUUUCAUAUUCUCCCAAGCCAAGGACUUGUCGAGUUUAUCCAAAGUAGAACAGAAUCUCUAUGUUGCUGCGAAAAACGGUUAUCCUUGGGUCCUGGAGUAUCCUAACUGCAGUCUGAUGGAGUUGGAGAUCAUCCAGGCAGCAUUUCUGAACAAGUCUCAGUUUCAGUAUUUUUACUUCAGGACUGGAACCGCACUGCUGAAGACUUUAGAUGAGGACAGGAAGGAGAUGCUGUCUUCAGAUUCUCUGAAGAACAUGGAAAAAUUAAUGAUUGGAAAGCUUAAGGCCAAGAUCAUUGGCAAAGGGCUCCCUGUGAGGUUUUAUAGAGAUCUCCAUGAGUUGGGUGAGCUGGUUUUCAAGGACUGGUUGCUUGUGAUAGAAAAGCUUCACCCAGACAUCGUAAUGUUUGAAAAUAUAGACUACAAGCACAGCUUUGAACGUUCCUAUCAUGAAGCGUUUAUUGAGAAGUGCAAGGAAGUGUUUGUUAUUUCCAAGGAGUCAAACAGGACCUUUGAAAUCUUGGAAAAGUUUGCCUUAAAGGAUGUGGAAUUUGAUUUUAACAGUGCAGCAGCAGGUUCCAGUUUAGACUCUGUUCUGAGAAUAAAUCCUCUUCCAAAUUACAAGUCUAUUUUUCUCUUGUCUGGAGAACGUGGCUGUGGGAAAUCCACUCUGAUUGCCAACUGGGUGAAUAAUUUCAAAAAGAAAUAUCCAAACAUUUUGAUGAUCCCUCAUUUUGUUGGAAGCACCUGUGAAAGCAGCGAUAUCAUGUCUGUGAUUCAUUACUUCAUCACAGAAUUACAGUACAAAAACUAUGGUACGCAGCUUGAAACUGAUGUUCUUAAUGAAGACUCCAAUGUCUUAGUCUUCUCACUUCUGGUAGAGGUGUUCAUUGCUUCUAUCAGCUUAAAGCCAUGUAUACUUGUACUAGAUGGAAUCGAAGAAUUGAUUGGCAUUUAUGGGAUUUCAGGACAGAAGGCAAAAGAUUUUUCCUGGCUGCCGUGCUCACUCUCUCCUCAUUGCAAACUUAUCAUGAGCACUGUUUCCUCCAGUCUGUCCUACAAAUCACUGUCUGCCCGCUCUGAUGUGAGGACAGUGGAGCUCAUUAGCACAGUAGAUGAAGAAGCAAAACUAAACAUCUUUAGACAGCAUCUCUCCAUUCCCAACAAAGACCCCUUCCAACAAAUUAAACAAGCUUUGAGGAAAAAAACAAACCUGAAUCCUUUGAAACUCACAAUCCUAGCCAAUGAAUUUAAGGAAUGUAGAAUCUACAGAAAUGAGUACCAGUGUAUGAAGGAGUACUUGGAGGUCGUCUCUAUUCAGGAACUCUGGGAACUGAUUCUGAAACGCUGGAUUGAAGACUAUAGUUGGACUUUUAAACAAAGAAAGGCAAAUCCAGGCACUGUGGCUUCUGGAGAAGGGCUGGAUGGCUGGGUGGCCGAUGCUCUGUGCUUAUUGAGCAUCUCGCACUGUGGGUUGGCUGAGGAUGAGAUACUCCAGCUUUUGGACAUGCUGGGCUACAGGAAUCAAUACAAAGUGACCACAUUGCACUGGGCCGCCUUCCGCAAUGCCACCAAACAGUGGGUCCUGGAGAAGCCCAAUGGCUUUCUGUACUUCCGGCACCAGUCCCUGCGAUAUGCUGUGGAGGAGAAGCUUCUUGGUGUAAUCACACCUGUCAGAGAAAGCAGUCCAUAUACCUUUCAGAACCCAACAAAUCACAAGAAAACACAAUUUCACAAAGUCUUGAUCAGAUACUUCCAGCGGCAAACUGCUUUCUGGAGAGUGUAUCAAGAAUUGCCAUGGCAUAUGAAAAUGAGGGGCUGCUGGGAGGAUUUGUGCAGCUUUCUUUCAAGUCCCAGCAUCACAGACUUUAUCUCAAAACUCAGAAGCCCAAGCUUCUGGACAAGGCUGCACCUCAUUCACUACUGGAAUGUUUUAUCGGAAGCCGGAUAUGAUGCUGUGGGGGCCUAUUUAACCUCAGUGGCCAGGAUUAAAGCAGAUCAGUACCAUACAACCAGGAAGAGAUGUACGCUCUCAGAUAUGGUGGAUAACAUGCUGGAAUGCAGGCUUUUUGAGGUUACCACCAUCGACAAAUGCCGAUUAAUAUUUUUUAUUGCCAGAGUUUUGAAGCUUAUGGGCAAGACCCAUGAAGCAGAAGAGUUGCUUUUGAGUGUUGAGGACUUGUUAGUGCAGAGUGAAUCCAUGACAGACAUGCUUCUCAAAGUACAGAAUGCUAUCGGAGAACUGUAUCUUGAAAUAGGGAUGAAUCAGGAAGGGUUCCAGUAUUUCCAGAAAGCAUGGUCAAAACUGAUGUGUUUUUCACCCAGCAACUUAAACGACAACCAGGACUCAAUAAAGCAAAAAGGCAGAGUGCUGCGCAACCUGACAAAGUCAGGGUCUGAACAGUACUUAAAAGAAAACAACAUUUUGGAACACGCCACUGAAAUUUCCAAGUUACUGGACAGCAACCCACGUGAUCAAGCUACCAUGAAAUACACUGAAGGCAUUCUGAUAUUAGUGGCUGGAAAUGCUUCUCUUGCAAAAAUGAAAUUUCAAGAAUGUUUAACUAUCAGGAGAAGUUUGUUUGGUGAGAAAAAUAUCCUAGUGGGAGAAAUUAUGGAAUUUUUAGCAGAUCUAUUAUUUUUUCCCCAAAAUGGUGAAAGAUUCCAAAGGAAGCAAGUAAUUGAAUAUUAUAAACAAGUGAUUAAAAUAAAGGAAAAUGCAGCAGCACUGGACAAGUCCUCACUCGUCAGGAAGCAGCUGAAUAUCAGCCUCAGUGAUACCUUGUGUAAAUUAGCAGGCCAGUUAUUGCUAACUGACUCUUGUCAUCACAUAAUGAUUGAGGCAGUGGGCUAUUUGUAUAGGUCACUUGAUUUAAGGGCGACCUAUUUGGGAUCUUCUCAUUCAUCAAUCUGUGGAAUCCUGCACCUUCUGAGGGAAAUUGAGCGGAUCCGGGGCAAGAGAUGUUGGCCACAAGGCACGACCCAGCAAUAUUCUGAGGGUUCUAGGAAUGGCUCUUCAUUAUGGGAGAACUUUCUUAAAGUAAAUUAUCACAGCGCUCAAAGUUGUAAUACAGUGAAUUCUGGACUAUUCACGAAUGCAGAUAAGCUACUUUGGGCCAAAAGCAGGGACUUGACACCUCCUGCAGUUGCAGAGAAAUUAAAAUUUGCUUCCGGAAAAGGGAAAAAGAUCUUGAGACCCAUUAUUUGCAUUUCUUCUGAGGAAAAGACCAGACAGAAGACACAAAGCCAUGUUGAAAUAUGGAAUGGCCCAGAAAAAGAGGCAUCAAAGAAAAAGAAAGAGUAUUCCUCUAAGAUUUUAGCUUUGGGUAAAAUGGAUGGUGUAGUAAAACUCUCAAGGCAAAGAAUUAUGCCAGCUGAAAGCGAGAGUGGAAAAGGACAAAUCACCACAAUUUACCAGCAUCCCCUGCUAGGGCCUCUUUGCACAAAUAACCCCCAGGAUUCCAUAUCUGAGCUCAUAUCAGAAAAGUGGCUUUUUCACAACUCAGAUUACAGUUCAUCUCCUCAGAAGUAUUUUUUGCAGAGAAGAUCUCAAAUUUAAACAAAAUUAUUGAUGACUCCAAAUGAUAUCAAUAAAGAAUAA